AUGAGUUUUAGGUGUUCCUCACAGAGGUGUAUACGAAGCCUCUCGUCUAGUGCUACUCGAUGCGAAAAGAAAUUAAACAAGUAUUCGUCCAUUGUCACUGGUGAUCCAUCUCAAGGUGCAUCUCAAGCGAUGCUUUAUGCCACUGGGUUCAGUGAUGACGAUUUCAAUAAGGCUCAGAUUGGAGUUGGGUCUGUUUGGUGGUCAGGUAACCCAUGUAAUAUGCACUUGAUGGAUUUGAAUAACGCAUGUGCUGAUUCGGUAAAUAAAGCGGGGUUGAAAGCUAUGCAAUUUAAUUCAAUUGGUGUUUCUGAUGGUAUCACCAACGGUACUGAAGGUAUGAAGUACUCCUUGCAAUCGAGAGAGAUUAUCGCUGACUCUUUUGAAACUAUGACUAUGGCUCAAUUAUAUGAUGGAAAUAUUGCUAUUCCAAGUUGUGAUAAAAACAUGCCGGGAGUAUUGAUGGCAAUGGCCAGACAUAAUAGACCAGCAAUUAUGGUUUAUGGUGGUACCAUUUUACCAGGAUCUCCAACAUGCGGGGGCAGUAAGAGUAAUCCAGCAAUUGCCGACAAGAUUGAUAUUAUUAGUGCUUUCCAAAGUUAUGGGCAGUACUUGUCUAAGCAAAUUACCUUGGAAGAGAAACAAGAUAUUGUUCAGCAUGCAUGUCCUGGACCAGGUGCUUGUGGUGGUAUGUACACAGCAAACACCAUGGCUUCAGCAGCUGAAGUAAUGGGAUUGACGUUACCUUAUUCGUCAUCAUCGCCUGCUGUUUCAAAGGAAAAAGCUGAAGAAUGUGCCACAGUUGGGUAUGCUUUAAAGAACUUGUUAAAUAAAGAUUUGAAACCAAGGGAUAUUAUUACCAAGAAAUCGUUCGAGAAUGCCAUUACUUAUAUCAUCGUCACUGGUGGAUCGACUAACGCCGUUUUGCAUUUGAUUGCAAUUGCCUCUUCAUUUGAUAUUGAACUUACUGUUGACGACUUCCAAAGAAUUAGCGACUCGACUCCAUUGCUUGCCGAUUUCAAACCAUCGGGUAAGUACGUCAUGGCUGACUUACAAGCUAAAGGAGGUACACCAGCGGUUAUGAAGUACUUGUUGCAAGAAGGAUUGCUUGAUGGAUCACAGUUGACUGUUACUGGUAAGACUAUUGCUGAAAACUUGGCUGAUUUGCCUGGAUUACCAGAAGGACAAGAUAUUAUUCACCCCGUUUCAAACCCAUUGAAACCAAGUGGCCAUUUACAAAUCUUAAAGGGUACUUUGGCUCCAGGAUCGGCUGUUGCUAAAAUCACCGGUAAAGAAGGAACCUACUUUAAAGGUAAGGCCAGAGUUUUCAAUGAAGAACAUGCAUUUAUUACUGCUUUAGAAGCAGGCGAAAUCAAAAAGGGAGAAAAGACUGUUUGUGUUAUUAGAUACGAGGGACCAAAAGGUGGACCGGGAAUGCCAGAGAUGUUGAAGCCAUCGAGUGCGUUGAUGGGUUACGGAUUAGGUCAAGAUGUUGCUUUGAUCACUGAUGGUAGAUUUUCUGGUGGAUCUCAUGGGUUCUUGAUCGGUCAUGUUGUCCCUGAAGCUGCUGAAGGUGGACCAAUUGGUCUUGUUGAAGAUGGCGAUGAGAUUGUUAUUGACGCUGAGAAUAAUAUUAUUGAUUUGUUGGUUUCUGAGGAGGAGUUGGCCAAGAGAAGAGAGAAAUGGACUCCGCCUGAACCAAAGUACAAGAGAGGAACUUUGUUCAAGUAUGCUAAACUAGUCAGUGAUGCUUCAAAGGGAUGCGUUACUGAUAUUUAA